GCCACUUGGUGUUGCGCUCUGCCGCGGCGCCCACAUAGCCUUUGCGUCAGCAUUCCGACCCUGCUGCGCAAUUCAUUAAAUGAUUCUUGGUUCCAUUCCUCCCUCUAUUACCAACGUCGCUACUCAAUCACGUCUCGCUUGUCAAUUACUGCAGUCUUAAGUUGUCGACGUUUCAGGUACUGCAGUAAGUUAGCUCGUAGAAUGUGUGAUUUGGUUUGCAGGGUUAGUGUCAUGUGCGAGACAUGUAGGUAGUGCUUGAUUUCUCGCAGGUUUGUGACCGAUUUUGGAGUUUUGAAGGGGAUUGUUGGGGUGACUACAGAUAUAUCCGUUACCAUCUGCAGGAUCUGAUGUAGGAUUUCUACAAGCCUGCUGAUGAACUUAUGUAUGAUGCUUCGAUGUGAUUGUAAUAAAAUGAAACGGCGCACAUGGAAGUUGGAAGUCUUGCUACGUGAUGUCGUGUUCAGGGUUGAGAAUGGCUAGGAUUGAUUCUAGGACGUGUCGCUAGAAUACGGUUUUCUAGAUGAAAUAAUCCGACAUUCUCAAAGAAGCUAUGAACAUUGCUGACGGGACUGUCUUUGUGAAGGAAAUCCAACUUGCACAAAUCCGCAUUUGCAUAGAGUAUUCUGGAGACAUGUCAUCCAAUUGAAGCAUAACUGGUUGUUUAUGAGUUAUCUGAUGCAGAAAUUUGAGCUCCUGGAACGUCGUAGUUGAUCAUCAUGGUUAGGGCUGAGAGCUUAACCGCAGUGUUGCUGUGUUGUCUUCUCCUCUGCAAUUUCGUGCCUACCCCUGCCGUGGCAAGCAGGAGGCUGAUUAGAGGAGCGGUCUCCUUUGCCAUCCGCGCGUGGUGUAUUCCCAGGACGGAAUCGUUGCUGCUAGAGUACGAACAAAAACACGAAUGUACUUACAAUUUGACUAACGGCGACAGAGCAGCCGGUGUGGGAUACAAUUUGGACGACGAUGUGGAAACUCGGCGCUCGGAGCUUAGCACUGUCCUUGCAGACUAUGAUAAGGUCUACAUAGGCGAGAGCUGCUUAAACGCAGUCCAAAUCAGCGCACUGCUCGCCCUUGACACGAGACGUGCAUUAGACAGAGCAGCUGCAAGUGUGAAGUCCUUGGAUGAGCAGUGUUGCGCUGUCAUGGCUGUUUUUGGCGACAUCCAGCACUCAGCGGGUAAAGAUGCGUUUGAGGGAAGUGAUUUUAAGGAUUUCAUUGAAGCUAUGAGCGCCAAAAAGUGGAUGAAGGCAGCUGAAAAUUUGAAAAAAACGAGCUGGUGCAAAGCCAACAAGGAGAGGUGCAUGAGUGACAAGGCCAUCAUCAAAGAAGGCUGUGGAGAAGCUGGGGCUGAUGUAGUCAUCCACCAGGUCACUAACCCACAUGUCCACAAUUAAAACUACAAUGUACAUGGUCUAUACGAACAAUGAGAUGUGUACGCAGCAACGUUUUUCUGUAGAGGUGGUGCUUGAAUCAUGUUGCGUCUGUUGCCACAGGAAUGAGUCAAUUUUGAUGGAGUAUAUAAUAAGGGCACUGUUUGUAUGUUCUUAGCUGCGUCCAGGUUUUGGGAAUUUGCUUCGAACCCCCUUAUUUAUAAGGAUAACAGACAUAGUAUACAAAUUACUAUAAUGAUAAUGACAGAUUGUGUAACGGUGUGUGAAACUGCCUUCUGAAAACUAAAAUCUAGAUGUUUGCAGCAACGCACACUUCAAUGUUCCAGGCAUUGAAGACAGACCAUCAGAUGUUGAUAA